AGUCGUAAACUCAUCCCAUUCGUGUCGUUUAGCCGAGGUCUUAAUAGAACUAGUGAGGGAGAGGAAGAGUGUGCAGGGAGAAACUAGGGCACUGUCAUCAGGUCCCCACUUUGUCUUCUUGUGUGCGUAAGGACCACCAGGCACAAGGCGGAGGACGUGGAAGAAGCAGAGGAGAGAAGAACUUCCAGGGAGUGCAUCAUGUUCGAGGAGCAGGCCACCAAGGUGAAGAUCACGUCGCUGGUCCUGGUGGUGGGCAUGUCGUCCAUGCUGGCCGCCGUGGUCACCGACCACUGGGCGGUGCUGAGCCCCCGCGUGGAGAAGCUCAACGCCACCUGCGAGGCGGCCCACUUCGGCCUGUGGAGGCUCUGCAAAAAAAGCAUCUUCAUGGUGGAGGAGGACCCCCAGGGCCAAGGCUGCGGACCCAUCAGCUUACCCGGAGCCAAAAACUGCUCCUACUUCAAACAUUUCACGUCGGGAGAAGAAGCGGAAGUUUUCGAAGUCAAGACCCAGAAGGAGUACAACAUCUCUGCGGCGGCCAUCGCCAUUUUCAGUCUACUCUUCAUGAUCUUGGGGACCCUCUGUGUCAUCUUCUCCUUCGGGAAGGGGCGGGACUACCUGCUGCGGCCUGCCGGGAUGUUCUUUGCCUUUGCAGGUCUCUGCAUCAUCAUCUCUGUGGAGGUCAUGCGGCAGUCCGUCAAGCGUAUGAUUGACAGCGACGAGACCAUCUGGAUCGAGUACUACUACUCGUGGUCCUUCACCUGCGCCUGCGCCGCCUUCACCCUCCUCAUCCUCAGCGGAGUGGCACUCCUCCUUAUCUCCAUGCCCCACAUGCCCAGAAACCCCUGGGAGACCUGCAUGGACGCUGAGCCUGACACCUUAGAUUAGCGUCACACCCGCACAACCACCUGCAUGAUUUCACGUGCGCUCAAAAGAAGUUAGGAACCAAUUAUACAAGCGAAAAAGAACAUCAACAUUUUUAAAAUAGUCGUAGUCAUUUUGGGGGUUUUUUUUUGUACGUGAAUCAAAUUGCUUUAUUGCUAUUUAAACAUUUUAUGACAUUUGUAAUUAAAAGACAGAGAAUUGUAGUGAGAGAAAAAAAAAGGAAAUUCUAUGAAAAAUGUUUUUUUUUAGGGGAAAAAUGUCAGAAUAUGCAAAGUAAAAUUAAUUUAAUAAUUUAAAAUUAAAUUUUCUUGUGGG